CUUCUUGGGAGCGGCUCCAAUCAUGGAGCGGCUUCAUCUGCGGAGCAGCAUCAUCUCGAUCGGGCUUGUCCAGUGUGGCCUUCCUUGGAAGUGACCUUGUUGGGAUCAUCGUCACCGGCUUUUCGUAAGAGGUAGGUCUGACCAGUCGUUUGAUUACUGAUGCUUGGCCUGAAAUAACGUUUUGCUUGACCUUUGCUUUGUAUCAGUCUCGUUCCUUUGAUCAAAGACACUAACACUUCUCAGUGGACGGCCGUGGGCCCCUGCGUUCCCGGGACACCAGAGUUGCUCCUACGGGAGCGACCGAUUUACCUCACGUCACCACCGGGCACUCCCCCGUCACCUAUAACCUGUCUGAUGUUCACGGCUGAGAAGAGUCUGUGGAUGCCCCGGCCUGUUUCCCCUACGCAGUCUCUCACGGCUGACUUGGGGCCAUUUUCCAGUUCGGGCGAGUGUGGACCGAGUGCUCGGCCGGACUCCUCCGAACGCCCUUCCUGCAGUCGCGGCCAGAGGCCAGGCUGAGGGAGUGGCCGCUGCUCCUGCACCUGGAGCUGGGCCCUCGCGAGCAACUCCUUCCGGGCUCUGUGACGUCACCGAUGUCCCGCCCCUCACGCAGAGCCAAUCGGAAGGCGGGGCACGGUCUGCCAGCAGCGGGGGCGCGCGCGGGCGGGCGGCCCUGAGGCGCAACGCCAUGGACCCGGUGCUCCUCAGCGCCCAGGUUCAGGCCCCGCCGCAGCCACGGGAGGGGUGGCCGCCCGUGAACUCCGAGGAGGAGCUCUACGACUGCCUGGAUUACUACUACCUGCGCGACUUCCCGGCCUGCGGGGCCGGGCGCAGCAAGGGUCGGACGCGGCGCGAGCGGGAGCUGCGCACCAACUGGCCCGUGCCCGGCGGCCACGAGCGCAAGGUCGCGCAGAAGCUCCUCAGCGGCCAGCGCAAGCGUCGCCAGCGCCAGCUGCAGCCCCGCGCGCGCACCCGCCUGGUCUGAGCGCGGGUGCGUGCGGGCUGCAGCCGGCGGGACCCUGGCCCAGAACCCUGCCCCCCGGGCGCCCGUCGGGCUGGCCGUCUGCGACUGCGGCGGGCAGUGUCGCCCCCUCCGCUGGGGCUCCCGCUGGCGAGUCACGGCUGGCGCCGCUCCCCCCUGGGCCACAGUACGAAUGGUGUGAAGGAUCGAGAAGAGGUCGGCGGUGCGGAAACAUCUCUUUAAGACAAGAGUGGAGCAGUUUCCUCCAGCACCAGCGCGCGGGCCAGGGCCGGUGAUCGGCCUGGCGGUUCCCUGCGGGGCGCCCGGCGGCCCCGGGCGAAGUGUUUUCUCCGGCUCGGCGCAGCUGUGCUCCGCAGGGGAGAAUGCAUGUGGACCAGCAUUUCUUCCCGACGUCGCCCACGUUGACCGCCGCCGCCUCUUUUCCUUGUGAUUGUUAAGUAACACCAAGUGUCCAACGGGUGUGCCUUUUUAGGGUUUCUCAUUAAAGCAGCAAGAACGGCA